CUCGUGUAUCCCCGGUGAACACAUGGUCCCCGAGAACCUUUCGGGCUUCUAGAUGGCCUGGUUAUCGGCGACCUGGAUAUCACCUCAUGCCCCCCCCUGCGUCGGUUCGGCAGCGAUUGUAACGGUUGAUAGUUAGCGAAAUGCAGCGGAGAUGUUGUUCCUCCUCCUCGCCACAUGCAGGAGCCGCCCUUGGCCAUCGAUCGGGUGUCAUUCAACAGGGGAAAGCUGCAGCUCAACCGCCACAUGGCCAGGGGUGGGGUAUCGAGAGCGAAUUGAAACCACAGAGGAAACGGCGUGGCUCGACAAUCUCUGCAUGGCUGUGGCGGCAACAAAACCGGACGAGCGGCCGACUCGAGCGAGCCGAGGCAUCGGCCUUCACCGGGCGCUCUCAUUAUCUUUCAAUAAUGGUUGCGGACGUCGUGCAACAGUUCAUCGGCGAGCAAUUCGGGGCGUACAUGCUUGUGGAACCGGAUGUUGAAAGGAAAGAGGCUCUACUGAGACAUCAUGCCACAAGUAGCUGCGUUCGGGAUUGGAUGGGCUCGAGAUGGGCAAGCAAGGGCCACCUCACAUUUUGGUUCCGACCCGUUGAGGCGGACGAUGAAGAGGAGAUCCUUGCCUUUCGGCGGACGGAGAAAUAUGCUUCUUCUGGUUCCAGGUUCAGCUGCUCGAACCGGAAUCCACAGUUGGCGCUCCCCGAAACUUCAACGGUGCUGAGUAUGAGGGACCCGCAAAGCGGCAAGAACUCAGCUGGCGAGCCCGCAAUGUCUUACUUACCAACCAUACUAACACGACAAAAAAUCAAUAGAUGGAGACGUCGAUCUAUCCAGGUCCCAAUUCUGGCCCGGACGAAACCCGUCGGCAGUCCAACUGCCCCGCCUCCGGGGAGUAACUGCAACCCCUUCAGCAGAUCUCCUGAACGCCUGCCGAGGCAAACGGGAAUCACCGACCACAAUCAUGAAUGUAGGACCGCUGGCCGCUACCACCAGGCAGUAUUCGAUUUAGGGUGCGCCGAAUCUGUGACCGAGAAGCUGUGGGCGACCAUCGGACUCUGCCCGGGACCAUCCCCCGCCGAUCCAACCGACCGUGCAGUAGUCUGCCGCAACGCUUCGCUACCAAGCCCGCACGGUCAACACUCCACGAGACAGCUGGAGACACAUUAAUGGAGGCACAGAAAUGGAAGACGGGCGGCGGUGGCUGUGUGACCCUUCGACAAUCUUCCACAGCCCCCCCUGUCCAGCAGCCGGGAUUACAAGACACACACACAUUUUCAGAUCGCCUCUCCUUUUUGUUCCUUGCGCGAGCGCAGCAGCAGCGGCCGGGAAUAAACUGCGGAAUACUACGUCAAAAGAAAUGGGACGGGGUGUCACGUUUUCUCGCGUGGUUAGAGAC